UUGAACUGGGGCCUGUUGCACAAAAGUAGAAUUAAGACAUCCGGGAUAAAUGACUCAGCUGAGCUCAAUGAAGCCAAAACAUGUGCGUCCAGGCUUAAUUGGUUGCACAAAGACCAAGCCAGGAUGAGCAGACACGGAUUCAUUAAGCCAGGUGAAACCAAUCCUGGAUAGGUGCGCGCUCACGGCUCACUCAAAUAGACCCCGCCACAGAUCACAGAUUAACUGAUUUACCAUGGCAACUAGAGCCGCGUACUUUUCCCCGGUCGGAAGCACAAAUCCUCAUGGAGGCAUACAAGGAGGUAAAAGAUAUAAUUAAGAAGAAAGGCAACACCGCCACAGUGAUAAAGCAAAGAGAAAAAGCGUGGCAAAGUAUUGCAGACCGCCUGAAUGCGUAAGUAGUGCACAAUUACACAUUCACCGCUCCGCUGAAACAUCACAAUUACAAUUCAAAUAUUUAAUUCACAUCUCCAAAAAUGCAGUUGUACUGUAAUUAUGAAACGGUUAAAUUUUUAAUUGAAAUGCACUGCAGAUAUGAGUGAAAUUGUGUAAAGUAACUCCAUCACACUGUAUAAAGCUAUGAUACAUUUUUUGAUAUUUUUACUGAAAACAAGACAAAAAUACCAAGUAAUUUUUUGCAGUGUGUGUGUGUGUGUGUGUGUAGAUUAAACAUGAACGGGCCAAAACGGACAUGGCAGCAGGUCAAAAUCAAAUACAAGAACAUUCUGCAGAAUGCAGUGAAAAAGAAUACCCACAGACAAGGCACGGGUGGUGGGUCACCAAAGGCUGACCUUACCCCAGCAGAGGACAUGGCCUUGGAGCUAAAUAAAGGCAGGCCCGUCUUAGAGGGGAUCCCUGGGGGGAAAGAGACGAGCAUAGGUUCCUCCCAAGAUGCCACCCGCUUCAUUCAAGUGCCUGGCAGCACUGUGUUCCUGUUAGAGCCACCAGCACAAGCACCAGACGAUGCUGAUCCAGGUGAAGGCCCCAGUGCAACAGCACAUGAUGGAGACGAUGAUGAGGAGGAGACCAUCUCUCUGGAUUCCAGAAGGCAUGAGGACCCAGAUGCUAUACAGUGGGAAAACCAGCCUGGCAACAUAAGCUCACAAGCUAUCAGAAAGUUGUAUGGCAACCACCUCCGGCGCCAAAUAGAACUGGCAGACAUAGACAUUCAGUACAAGAAGAAAAAGAUGGAAAAUCUUGCACUGGAGUCCGAAAUAAAAAAGAGGACAAUUAGGAAACUGGACCUUGAAAUAAAAAAACUUGAGAGGGAGCUCCAAGAAGAUGACACAGCUCAAAAUAAAAAUUAGGUAUAUUCUCGUAAAGUCAAGUGAGCCAUGACAUAUGAGCUCUUAUUGUGAGCACACAGGACGGUGGCAUCUUUCUAAGGUUUUUUUUUAUUUUCCCAGCAAUCAGUACAACCAAGUCAUCGUUAUAAGGCAUCGCCCUCUUUUGCCCACCCCCCCAGCACCAGGUGUGGCCACUGGCCUAUAUGAAGGCCCAAAAUUGUGUGUUCCUUUCUGCUCUGACAAUGGCAUGCCCAUUCGUGCGAGAUGUGGUGGAUGAAGAAGCACUUGUGCUGAGGAGAGCCUUCAGGCGAGAAAGGGUCUUCAGGGACCGGUUGGACCCACUGGCCUUCCCUGAUGACCAUCUAUAUGAAAGAUACAGGUUUUCUGCAGAUGGCAUCAGGUAUCUAUGCAGACUACUGGGUCCCAGGAUUAAGCACCGCACUGCACGGAGCCAUGCACUGAGUGUGGAGCAAAUGGUUUGUGUGGCCUUGCGCUUUUUGCUAGUGGAGCCUUCCUGUACUCAGUGGGGGAUGCAGAACAGCUGAACAAGGCCACAAUUUGCCGCACAAUAAGGAGUGUGUGUCUGGCUAUCAAAGCAUUAGCAGAUGUCUUCAUCUCCUUCCCUGGCCACAGAAGACUCUGUGACAUCAAAGAGGAGUUCUAUAGGAUUGCAGAUGGUCUGCAAUGCUGACUGUGUGAUCAGCAAUGUUGUGGCAAAAUGGCCUGGCUCAGUCCAUGACUCCAGAAUCUUUCGGGCCUCUGAAAUCUAUCAGUGCCUAUCACAAGGUGAAUUCUCUGGUGUGUUGCUGGGAGACAGGGGGUAUGGCUGCCAGCCUUUUCUCCUGACACCUUUCACAGACCCCCAGGAAGCACAGCAGGCCUACAACCAUGCCCAUGCCAGGGCCAGAGUUGAAAUGACCAUUGGCCUCCUGAAGGCACGCUUUCACUGCCUUCACAAAUUAAGGGUCAGCCCUGUUAGGGCAUGUGAUAUUACUGUGGCUUGUGCUGUCCUCCACAAUGUGGCCUGCCUGAGGAAGGAGAGGGCCCCCAGAGUGCCACCAGCCAUGGACUGGGACAAUCCGGCAAUCUUCCCUGAUGACGACAGUGGUCGGCUGCUGAGGGACCAAUAUGUGUUGAAUUAUUUUAGUUAGUAUGUGUGCUUUGAAUUUUGGUUAAAUAUGUCCUGCGGUGGCAGAGGAAUUUGGU